GCCCGGCCCAUUAAUCACCAGUUGCAGUUGUUCCACCCCAAACAUGAAUAUCAAAACCUAGGGUUUGAAAGGUAGAAAUUUCUGCAACUCAUUCUCUCACACACAAUAAUAAUCAUGGCGAAAAACAGGAAGAAGAGUAAGAAAAAUGCUUCAACGGCUAUGAUUACCGACGAAACCGCCAUUGUUUCACCUCAAGUUACAGCGAUGGACACGUCAGAGACUGUAGCAAUAGCUUCUAGUCGAUCUCAAAUUAGCAGAAAGAUAAAGAAGGGAGUACAAAUGAAGCGAACUAAAAAUGUUAGAAAGCAAAAAGCCAUAGCAAAAGCCGUCUCUCAAAACGAGAAAUCUGCUACAAAGAUCGAGAAGAAUGAAAGCAAGACUUUGAGAACUAAGUCUGCUAAAAACCUCUAUGACUGAAGGUGUAGCUGACUUACAUUGUUUAUAAAUCCAACAUAGAGCAUCAUUUUUGUGUUGUUUAUUUUUUUUUGUCCGGUAGACUCGAACACUCAAUGUUUUUGUCUUUUUGCCGGUGAUUGAUUUGUUUUGUAUGAUGGUAUGCUUGUUCUACAAUACUUUUAUCUUAGGAUGGUGUUCUAGAUUUUUUUUUCAAGUAAUUUUUAGAGUUAAUUGCCCGGA